AUGUUAGAGAAGCCUAAGGAAACGACCCCAGAGAUGGGGGAUAAAGAAGCAGCGGGUCUUUUGAUGCUUUUCUCUAAUAGGUCACAGAGGUAUUCGCAGUCUCCCCCCCCUCAACCGCAACAAAUUCAAGCAUCGCAGACACAGCAAUCGCAAGAUUUACAAACUCAAGGUGGAAUAAAUAGUACAUUUUCGGCAAAUCUUAUGAAUGAAUCAUAUCAUACAUCACCCGCGGAGAGUGUAAGGAAUCAUCAUACAAUAUCUUCCCAACAGUUCGCCGAGACCUCGCUGCCGAGCCAACCCAGUAUGCCACCGCAAUUUUUACAAUGCAGAUAUCCAAAUCAGAGUGAAAUGCAUAGGUCCGGAUUUCCUCAGGAUCUUCUUAAUCCUGACAGAUCAACUGCAGCCGAGCGCAAAGAACCCCAAGCAUUGAACUCAGAAGAACAAAGCCAACCGCGCACCAGCGACCAUGAAAGCUCGGCUACUGAUCAGGCAAAAAGCGAACCAAUGAAGAAGCAGAGAACACCUCAUAGUCUAACUUACAUAAAUUCGGGCUUGGAGCAUGUCACAUCUCCCGGACCCGUUGCUGCUGCUCUGGCAAGCAGUACAGGGACAAAUUCAAAGGCUGUUGUUGCUGCUGCUGCAUUGGCUGCUGCUGCUGCAAAGCCUUUGCCUCUUCCUUCCAAGAGUCAUCCAUUUGAUGGAAGUAGUGCCACGCCUGCUCAAAUAACUUCCGAGAACCAUUCGCAACCCCAAGAAACAAGAAAAAGGAGCAGAAGCACUUCUCGCGUUAUGUCCUCGCGUGGGAAAAGGAGCCGCAAGAAUUCGGAUGCAGAGAACAAGGGAAGUGUAAAUGGUAUGUCUAUGACAAAAAUAAAAAUGGAAGAAAAGGUGGAGGAAACGCCGGCUGCCUUAGCCAAUGAACAGGUUCCAUCAUACGCAGUGAGUCCUGAUUCUGGGAUCAUAAGCUGCAUAUGUGGAUUUGAUCAUGAUGAUGGUUUCACAAUUCAGUGUGACCGGUGCUAUCUCUGGCAGCAUGCAAUAUGCAUGGGCAUCAAGGAUGUCGAUGAAGCUCCGGAGAAAUACCUUUGCUAUAAAUGUGAUAAAACACACAAGAUAGAUGCGGCCAAGGCCAGAAAAGUCCAAGAGGAGCGCAUAAAACUUUUGGGACUGAUGACAAAUGAAGGUCAGACUGACAGCAAAGUUCCGGCAGCUGCCACAUCCACAAAACCGAAUAGCAGAAGCGGAGAAGUGGCAAGUCCAUCGUUGCCAGUAGAUGGCCAGAAAAAGACAAAAGGUAACAGGAAGGAGAAGAAGGUAAGGGAGGAGGAAGAACGGUUUGCCUUGAAGAGAUACGAGACUUUUUACUUGAACGUUUCACACUACGAAUAUUCUACAGCAAGUGUAAUGUCCCUGAUGAAAAGACUUCCCAGACUACUAUCGAACAAGCCCGGCGUUUACAAAUUCAGAAAUACGACUGAGUUUAAUAGGCAUUUAGUCCGUCCUGCAUCUGUGCUAGCUAGACUACCUAAGGAGGAUGGACCUUUCACUGGAAUAUCUCGCAUUGGUCUAAGAACUAUGCAGGCUAUUUUGCGUGGCCAGCUUAUUUACCCGAUGUUUGGUGGAAUGCAGUUGAAGGAGGAUUACGUGGAGGAAAAAACUAACAAGUAUUGGAUACUUGGAUGCUGCAAGCAAAAUGCAUUCUUCCAUCCACAUCUUCCAUUGGUGAUUGAUGAGCGGGCAGUCGGUAACAUUACUAGGUUCACAAGAAAAAGCUGCAAUGCAAACUGUGAAAUUGCAACGGUCCUGAUUGGUUCGCGAAGGUGUGUGUUUGCACUCUGUGCCAAGAAGGACAUAAAAGCUGACGAGGAAUUGACAUUGCCAUGGGAAUGGGACAGUAAUCAUCCAAUCAAAGUGGUUUGCGCCUCAAGGGAUCCAGAAAAGACUUUCCAGCAGUUGAAUUUGGAAACAAAGAGUAGAUUGAUGAACUCUAUUCAUACCUUAAAGAGCAUUUCCAGUUGCGCAUGUGGUAAUCCAUCUAGUUGUAUCAUAAACCGGAUGGACUCGUUGAUGAUCCGAGAGAUCAAGAAAACGGGCCCUUCGGUCAUGAAUACGACCGUUGUCUCACCUACGCCAAACCAGAAGUAUGUGCCCAUUGAAAAGAGAUACUAUGAUCGGGAAAAGAUUAUUGAAAAGGCACUUGAAAACCUUUCCUAUGGAAGGAACAAAGCCAUUUCCAAAGAGGCCGGAACUGCUGAAACCAAAAAUUCAUCGUCUGAGUCUCAACAAAAAGGCAACAAGGACAGUUGUUCAGAAGCGCUGAAUAUUAAAUUCAAACACCCAAAGAUUCAUUCAUUUUCUGAGGGUGUUAUUCCUCAAAAGUAUGCAAUUGUCAAACAAUAUUACAGUCAAAAGAUUCCAGGAGUCAUCGACAUUAUGGAGGAUAGUAAAAGAGAUGAACAUCUCUACACGCCAUUUUCCAUUGUUCCAGAAGAAUUGAACAAGCUUGCCGUUGCCAAUACGAUUAAAGAGAAAGAACUUAUUCCUAGAAACCCCGCAGAAAGCAAAGAACCAGUUGAAAAGGUUGCUGAAAUUUCGACGAAGCCGAAAAUUGUUCGAAAAUUUAGCUUAGCUGAUUAUAAGCGCAAGACGAAGAGAAAUAUGGCAGUAACAAAGUAA